AUGGAAGAUUGUGACGGAAAAGAUCUUAUUCUUGUCGAACAUCCGGCGAUCGUAAAGAAUGCAAGCAAGGGAUUGGAAACAUUAGGGGGGAUCGAAGAAAUCAAUGAAGUAAGUACAAUUAAUGAUGUGUUUAAGGUGUUCAGGCAUUUAAUGGAAAUAAAUCGCUUGAGCUACGAUUCAAUCCAGAGAAUUUGUACCAAAGUGCAAUCCAAGCCGAGCGGAAGAAUAUGGUGGCCGGGUUGUCUGGGUUGAUGCAGGUUGUGUUCAAGAUUAGACGAAAGAAGUCUAAUCCCGAUGUGUGUGAGACUGAAUGUCUGGGAGUGGUAGGGAAGACAUUCUUUUGUCAUGUCUGUUUUAGAUAAGUAAUGUGUACACAUUCAAAAGCAUGGCGGAUUUCCAGUUUUUGCCAAUAAAACUGACCGAUAAACAACAGAAAGAUCAGCCAAUUUACGAAGAUCUCCUUCCCCGGUUAAUACCGACUUCUUUUCAUUCCGCAUUUUCUUGGUUAACUCACAAAGAGCCAAAUUCAGAAGUAACUCCGAGAUUUCUACCUCCCUAUAUCUUCAGUAGAUACACAACAGGAGCUUCUACGAAGAUUCUUGCUCAUGAACCAGACAAAAGUGAACUGACGGGCAAGGUUUCUCAUGGAAAAAGUCGGUCUUGUUUGUAUUUCUUGACGAGCCUUUGAGUCAAUAUAUAUAUUUAUAUAUGUUCAUUUUAGAUCUAAGAACCGAGCGGAAGUCAUAUACUUUGACGUUGCAACACAACGAUGUAUUUCCGGAUUUCCCUUCAGAGCAAGCAGUUCAAGAUGUAGAUAAUCGUGUCAAGAAUCCGGAGCCUCAUCGUCUAAUGAAAGAAUUAUACGAGGAACGGCCAAUGUGGAAUAAGGCCGCUAUCCAGUGUAGGACCAAGUUGGAUGACAGUAUAUUAAAGUAUGCCUCAUUAUGAAUACACAAUGAUUUUAGAGUGCUAAUGGCAAAGUAUGCAUUUUACAUAUACAGCGGCCCGUGGGGUCGGUUGUGGUGUAAAUUCGGCUAUGAUCCACGAACAGAUGUGAACGCCAGGAAGUACCAAACAGUUAUGGUGUCUUUCCGAAAGCAUCAGAAGAUUCCGGAAAGACAUCGGCGACUUAGAUCUAGCUACAGAGAGAGCAGAGGGCUGUCAAGGAUGGACGAAGACUUCGUUUAUACACCUGGGCAUUUGCCUGCAGUUAGACAGAUGUGGUAUUCUGUGUGUGAUAUUCAAUUACCAGUGGCUCAGAAAGUAAAUCGCGCGGAUUACUGUAGUGGAUUGGACCAUUACGAUGCAGUGACGGGCUGGCUGACUCCAGUAUGUUUCCUCCAAAAUCGGUCUUAUUUCUCCCCUCUUAAGUACUGGAUUUAUGGGUUUUCGAUGAUGCUGAUUGCGAAAAUCAAAUCCAUUAUGCUUACAUCAAAAAAUUAAAAAAUUUAAUUUUUAUAAAAUAUUCAUUAUUUUUACAAAAAAUCAAAAAAAUUACUUUUUAACAGUAGUACUACUUAACAAAAGUAAAAAUUAUAUAAAGGGUGUUCAGGCAUGGCGCCUAAAUGCGACUUAUUACGUCUUCGGCCGACUGGCAGAUGAAAAAACGGCAAUUUGGCGGAGAAAAAAUUAUCCCAUUUAAGAAAUUGUGAUGAGAAAACUAUCUGCCGAGCAUCCGCCGAUAAGAAGAGUCAUAUUUUUUGUUUGAUAAGGGCCGUAUAAGACCUACAAUUUUAGUUUUCUCAUCAUUAUGUGUUAAAUGGGUUUAUUUUUUCUCCGCCGAUUUGCCGUUUUUUCUUCUGCCAGUCGAUCGAAGACGUAAUAAGUCGUAUUUAGGCUUGGAGUUAUGGUACUUUGAAUGUGGCCCGGACGGUAUAUCAAAAUUAGAUUUGUGUCAAAGUCGGUGCAGAAGAGCCGCGAAUCUCGGCAAAAUACGUUUUCGACCAUGACGAACAUUUUUGUAAUUGAAAAAUUGUUUGUGUGAUGUAGCCUUCCAAGUUGAAUGCCGAAAAAGUAUAUUGGACAUCGUACCUUGGUAAUUUUCCAAGUAGUGCAAGGAUACAUACUAAAAAAAUUCACUUACAAAAAUUUUCUCCAUGGUCGGAAGCGUGUUUUGGUGAGAUUCGCGGGUCUACCGUAACCCCCGUAUACGGUAAUUUCCGAAACUAAAAAUUCGUGCUGACGUUCAGCAAACGAUUCGAAGUUGGUCGUUUUUUCGAAAUGUCGUGGCCAUCCUUCGAGUUGUAAAAACUCUCUUUUAAAAAACGCUAGACGGAUCGAACCUGUCUUUUGCCGGGCCGAAAAUCCAAAAAAAAGAUCUUGUCGCUGACCACCCCUGGCCGCAUCCUGUGCAUUACAACUUUGAUAAGAGUUGUCAUCCAAUUUUGUAAACAUAUCUUAUUUCAGGACACAAUCAACAACAUUCGACAAGCAAUCAAAGAAGAUGUCCGUAGGACCUCGAAACAGCUAGAACUAGCAGAUCCCGAGACUGGAGAUGCCAAUCUUUCCGAUGGAAGUGAUAACAGCGAAAUGAAUGAUAUCACGGACAUGAAUGAUGAUGGGGCGAUAAUGGAGAUCACCGAGGAAUGGUGA